UGCCGGGAAAAGGCAUGUGUGACAGAAGCCACGUCCCAGACCCGGAGUAUGGCAGCUCCGCGAGUGUUCCCGCUCUCCUGCGCCGUGCAGCAGUAUGCCUGGGGGAAGAAGGGCUCCAGCAGCGAGGUGGCCCGCCUGCUGGCCAGCAGCGACCCCCUGGUCCAGAUCGAGGAGGAUAAGCCCUACGCCGAGCUGUGGAUGGGGACACACCCCCGGGGAGAUGCCAAGAUCCUCGACAACCGCAUCCCCCAGAAAACCCUGGGCCAGUGGAUCUCCGCGAACCCCGACUGCCUGGGCGCCAAGGUGCAGGCGCGCUUCCAGGCCUCGCUGCCCUUCCUCUUCAAGGUGCUGUCCGUGGACACGGCCCUGUCCAUCCAGGCGCACCCCAACAAGGAGCUGGCGGAGAAGCUGCACGCCCAGGCUCCAGAACACUACCCCGAUGCCAACCAUAAGCCCGAGAUGGCCAUUGCCCUCACCUCGUUCCAAGGCUUAUGUGGCUUCAGGCCCGUGGAGGAGAUCGUGACCUUUCUGACAAAGGUGCCAGAGUUCCAGUUUCUCGUGGGAGCGGACGCGGCCGCCCAGCUGAAGCAGAGCAGGGACGCCGCUGCCCUGCGGAGCUGUUUCUCCCACCUGAUGAAGAGCGAGAAGAAGGAGGUGGUGGAGCAGCUCAACCUGCUGGUGAAGCGCAUUUCCCAGCAAGUGGCUGCUGGAGACAAGAUGGAGGACAUCUGUGGUGAGCUCUUGCUGCAGCUGCACCAGCAGUACCCGGGCGACAUCGGCUGCUUCGCCAUCUACUUCCUGAACGUGCUCACGCUGCAGCCCGGAGAGGCCAUGUUCCUGGAGGCCAACGUGCCGCACGCCUACUUGAGAGGAGACUGUGUGGAGUGCAUGGCGUGUUCAGACAACACCGUGCGUGCCGGCCUGACCCCCAAGUUCAUCGACGUUCCCACGCUGUGUGAAAUGCUCAGUUACACCCCUGGGCCCAGCAGGGACCGGCUCUUCCCUCCGACCCUGAGCAAGGACGACCCCUACCUCUCCAUCUACGACCCCCCAGUGCCGGACUUCACCAUCCUGAAGAUGGACGUCCCUGCCAGCGUCACCGAAUAUAACGUCUUGGUCGUGGACUCUGCCAGCAUCCUCCUGAUGGUGCAGGGGGCAGCGACCGCCAGCUCCCGCUCGGCGCCCUCGGGGACCCCCCUGCGGCGGGGUGGGGUGCUGUUCAUCGCCGCCCAGGAGGCCAUGUCUCUGAAGCGCACAGGGCCCGAGGCGCUGCUCAUGUUCCGCGCCUGUUGUCUGCUGUAGCCGCCAAGGUCACCCCAGGCCGGCCCCCCCUCCCCUGGACUCCGCCCAAGCCUCUGCCCUGCUCUGGCAGGAAUGGAGGAAUCUGGAAGCAUGGCUGCCAAGCUGGCCUGGGCAGGGCACCUCCUCUGGGAGAGACGGCGCCCGGGACAGGCCUCACACACUCCUCAGCCAGGCUCCCGCAGCACCCAGCUGCUGCCUGCCACCCGCCCACAGGCUGCCGGGGGACUGCUCACCCUCCAGCGUCACUCGAAGCCGCGGCCAGGCAGUUCACCCCUAAGAACAAGGUUCUGGCCUGGGCCUGCAGAGGCCUGGGGGGCCUGAGUCACUCACCCUGGCGACUCUUGCUGUCGAAGCAAUUAAAGAUGACGCGUGUUGGUGUCCAGGCUGCGGGAUGGACCAAGA